UUUCCCGAGUGUGGUGAGGAAAAAGAGGAGGGAAACCCCUAGCACGACAACUAAACUAGUGAGUGUAGUCGUCGUUAGCGCGAAUCUGCCUGCCCUCGUGUCGGUGAAGGGGCGGGAAGGAGUGUUGGCUUUACUUCCCCUCUUCUGUCGUCACGACAGGGUUGUAAUUCCACUGACCGUGACUGUGGCCCCGAUACACACACACACACACUCUCGACCAACGCGACUGUUCCAACAUUCCCGGAUUAAUCCAUGUCCUCUCGGUCCUGGAAGACAGAUCGUUUAUCGGAGAUGGCAACAGGAGACUUGGAGAUGAACGGCGAUGCAGACCGGAACGGCGACGCGGAGGUUUCGCUUCAGGACUUGCCGAUGAGGCCAAGGAGACCCUUGAACAUGAACCAUUAUGCCAACAAGAAGAGUAUGGCACAGAGCAUGUUGGAUGUGGCUCUGCUGAUGGCCAAUGCCUCGCAGCUGAAGGCCGUGCUGGAGCAAGGCCCGGUCUUAUCCUUUUACAUGCCAAUCAUCAUUCUCAUCAGCAUCUCUCUCACCCUGCAAAUCUUAGUCGGGAUUAUGCUCAUUUUCAUCGUGAAGUGGAACCUGAAUGACGAACGCAUGCACUACAGGUUAAACAUCUUGGAGAACCUGACCACAGCCUUUGUGUUUGUCAUCGUCGUGGUCAACGUUUUCAUCACAGCCUUCGGUGUCCAACGGCCCAACGACCUCAAACAGUGACCAGCGUCACCUGUCUGCCUCCGUGGAUUUAUUCAAAACGCAUUUGAACUCACAAAGAACGUAUUUACUCUGCCUACAAAGUGUCUGGCAAAUGCACACACAGCGUUUGUCCUGGAAUUUGACCUCGCGGGCUCGAGGAGAGCAAAUGUACGCCGAGGAUCAAAUGGCUCAGUCAGAUGAACUUAAUCCACUUUACUAUGACUGUGUUACUUUUCUAACUGUUCCUCAGUAUUGGGGUUUGUUGUUGUUGUUGUUUUUCAUUGUUACAUAAAUGUAUGCUUAUUUUAAUAUCAUGCUCAGGUUGCUGUGACUAAAACAACUGCCUUAUCAUACAAACACAUUUUUUGUAAUCCUGUUUGUCACUGGAUUUUUUUAUGCUUUAAUUUAGUGAAUGAUGUCAUCAUAAUGUACAUCCCAUACUUCCUUCAAACAGGUUUUUCCUUCAUUUGAAGAUACUUGACCCUUGAAAUGCCUCAAAAUAAAUAUUCAAUUGAAUCUUUUAGGCAUGAACCAAGAGCUAGAGCUACUAAUUUCAUUGUAUACUUGCUUCAUGCUAUGCAACCACUACUGUGUAUUUAAAAUAAGAUAAGCCAAUGCACAUAUUUUAGUUAAAGCCUUACGGUAUCUGUUCCAUUAUUUGUGUUCGAUGAUGUGUUUUUAUAGAAUUUUCUAAGGACUAAAAUCUCUUUUGGAUUUUAAAGUAUGGUGUAACAAACGCUGUGAGCAAUAUUUUAAAUUAAAGUUAUGAUCAAAACAAACAAA